UAUGUUGGAGCUAAGGCCAGUCCUCUCCUUUGGUUAAAAUGGCGAGACUAAUGCUGAUCUUUCUCGCUGUCUCUGCAGGUCUUGUCGAGAGUUUUCAAAGGGAGACGUGGAAACAUUGCCAAAGGCUGGGCAAACAGCCCACCGAGCAGAAACCAGCCAAACAGUGCUGGUUUCAUUGCUAUGACGAAGAGAGAAAUAGGGUUCACCGAAAGCUCGAAUCUUACGGUACUCCGUGCCUCGGCUGGCCUAACCGGCCUCUUGGCUUUUGCUGGGGCUCCCAUUGCUACCAGGACCGCUUCGGCAGGUGCCCUCCAUGGACUACUCCUCCCAGCAAUUUCGGCCAAGCGGGUGUAAAACCAACUGGCCCUGCUUCUACGACUGCUGGAACACCACAAUAUUCUCCUCGAACGACUCAAGCACCUAACGACAGCGCUGUGAACAAAAAUUCAACACCGUAUGAUGAAGGGCCCAAAAAAGUAGCUCCAAAAUAAGAACUUAAUGUGGCUGCAGUUCCAAUUUCUUUAUUAGGAUCUAUAGUUACAACGAAUAUAGACAUUAAUACGGCAUAUAUCUUGACACUUCUCAUAAGAUCUUUAAUGACCCAUUUUGUAUUGCGCCAGAUUAGCUUUCACAUGUACCGCACUAUCUCUAACAAUGGUAAUAAAUAUUCAGAGCUAACU